AUGGCGACCGUGGCGGCGCGCUCGACGGCGGGCGUCUCGGCCGCGGGCGCGCCGCGCCGGACGUCGUCGGGGUGGUCGCGGGCCGAGAAGUUCCAGGACGUCUUCUCCGCGGGCGAGCGUGGCAAGGCGCCGACCGACUCCAAGGGCGCGCCGCCUUCCUUCGCCGAGGCGGUGAUGCAGCUCGAGGCCGCGCACGCGCGGGAGGUCGAGUCGUUGCGGAGAGAGCUGCGGAAGAUGAGCCAGAAGGCCACGAAGCAGGCGGCCGACGUUGCCGCGCGGAACUCGGAGGGCUCCACCAAGGACGGGACCCCGGGGACGGUGAACGACCCGCAGCAGGCUGGGCAGCAGGCCGAGCUCGGCUCCCAGGAGGGGGCCUGGCCCCGGCAGCACAGCUGGGACAGCGAGGCCGAGGUGUCCGAGGACACGUUCGACGACCCCUUCGUGGUCGCAGAGCGGGCGGGCUACGACAGGAACAGCAUCGUGUGGAACCCGUUCGCGGAGAGGCAGAACGAGUUCUGUCAGUUCAUGAACAGGUACCUCAAGAGCGGCGGGCAGUCGCGGAAGAGGCGAAUUGCGUACAAGAUUGCGAAGAGUUGGCCUUUCGAUGCUGUGACGUAUUUCAUGAUCAUUGCUAAUUCCUCCUUCAUCGGCAUUCGCAUGCAACUUGAUAUGGACAACGCGCAGAGCAACACACCGGCGGAGAUGUGGCCGGAAUAUGUCGAGCUCGGUUUUGUUGUUUUUUUUGCGCUUGAGCUCCUGUGCAAGCUGCUGGCGGAGGACGUGUACGUCUUCUUUGGCACCGAUUGGCACUGGAACCUGCUGGACACGAUCCUGGUGCUUGCUGCUCUUGUGCAGCUGGCGAUCGAGAGCGUCAACGGCUCCGACACACCGAACCUGACGCCGACCCGGAAUAUCAGGCUCUUUCGCAUCACGCGGGUCUUGCGGGUCGUCAGGGUCGUGCAGGCAUGCCAGACCUUGCGAGUCAUGAUCUUCUCAAUAUUCAAGUCUUUGGACGCGCUGAUCUGGGUAUUCGUAGUGUUAUUGUACUUCAUGUACAUAUUCGCGAUGAUCUUCAUGCAUGGCACCCUUGCGUUCUUCGAGUCACACCUGGACAGCGGCGGAGGUGACCUUAGUCUUCAGGAACAACAGUUCUGGCUGACCCCGCAAGAUCACAUCGACUACAUGAAGUGCAGCUGGAGCAGCAUCGACCGAGCAAUCGUGACUCUCUUUGAGAGCGUCACAGGCGGGCGGGACUGGGGGGAGGUGUACUACUCUUUUCUCAGGGUCGACCCGUUUUACGGUCUCCUGUACUUCGGCUACGUUACGGCGGCGGAUUUCAUGGUGUUCUUGGUACUCAACGUUGUAAUUGGCACUGUGGUGGAUGUUACAACUGGCGUUGCCUCGAAGGACCGGGACCGUAUGGUUGAUCACGAGAUCGCAUCCCUCAAGACCUACGCAACUGACAUCAAGACCUUCUUUAAGCAGGCAGAUACAGACAACUCAGGCCAGCUCUCGUGGAAGGAAUUCAAAGAACACUUAGAAAAUGAUCGUGUUAAAGCGUAUUUCCAAACGCUGGAUCUAGACAUCCGCAAAGCUCACACGUUGUUCAAGCUGCUGGACCGCAACGACAACGGAGAGGUCGGGAUCGAGGAGUUCCUCGACGGCUGCCUCCGCCUGAGGGGCCAGGCCAAGAGUCUCGACAUGAACCUAGUGAUCUACCAGUUGGAGACACUUGUCGAGGAGAUCUCUCGGAAAAAGCCCACUCCAGGGCGUGGAAAUGUGCGGGCCGAGACGACCUGA